AUGAGUUUGCGCGAGUUCGUCGACGGCGAUCUCGCGCGCUUCGGCCUGCUCGAUUUGCGGCGCUCGAUUCCGUGCCUCGUCGACGGGCUGAAGCCGUCGCAGCGAAAAGUGUUGUGGACGAUGCUUCGGAUGGACGAGAAUCGCGAGAUCAAGGUCUCGCAGUUGGCCGGCGCCGUCGCCCACAGUCAGGCCUAUCAUCACGGCGAGGAAUCGCUUGUUCGGACCAUCGUUCGAAUGGGCCAAUCGUUUUGCGGCGCUUCGAACCUUCCGCUCCUUCAGCCGAUCGGUCAAUUCGGAACGCGGCACGAAGGCGGACACGAUGCCGCGUCGGCGAGAUACAUUUUUACGGCGCUUUCGCCAACGACGAGAUUGAUAUUUCCGCAACAGGAUGACGCGUUGCUGGACCGUCGAAUCGAGGACGGAAUUGUCGUCGAGCCGGAAUGGCUGUGCCCGAUCAUUCCGAUGAUUCUCGUGAACGGCGCCGAGGGCAUCGGCACCGGCUGGUCGACGCGCAUCGUCGGCCGCCGUCCGACGGCCAUCAUCGCGAUGGUCCGCAAUUUGAUCGAGGGCAAAAAUUGCGAGGCGUCGCCGCCGCCGCCGCCGUACUUCAACGAGUUCGACGGACGCAUCGAGGCGACGCCGCACCGCGCGAAUCGCUUCGUCACGACGGGACGCGUUCGGUUGGCGCGCGGCGAGCGCAAGAACGCGACGAAUUUGCGCGUCGACAUCACCGAGUUGCCGAUCGGCGUCGCGACGAGCAAAUACAAGGAGAAGCUCAAUCGGAUCGUCGCCCAAUUUCACGGCGAUUUCACCGAACAUCACACGGAGAAGCGCGUGCAUUUUCGCGUGUCGCUCGAUCGACGAAUGGCGUCGAAGUUGGCGAACGCGACGACGUCGCAAUUGUUGGACGCCUUCAAAUUGACAUCGUCGAUGGCCGAGAAUCUGGUGGUGUUCGACGAGGGCGGCCGCCUACGCGAAUUCGACACGCCGAUGCAAAUCGCCCUCGAACACUUUAUGGUCCGCCGACGCGUUUAUGAGCAACGAUUGCGACGAUUGGCGAGCGAAUGCGGCGAGAAGUUGCGCGUUUUGGAGAAUCAGAUUCGAUUCGUCGAUAUGGUCUCGAAACGAAAGAUCGAAGUUCAGAAUGUGAGCCGACACGAUUUGGAAGAGCAAUUGAGGCAAUUCGAAUUUUUCGAGCAACAGAACGGCACGUUCAACUAUCUUCUCGAGAUGCCGAUCGCGCGUCUCACCGUCGACGAGUGCUCGCGACUCGAGGCGCGUCGUCGAAAGCGCGUCGACGAGCUCGACGAGUUGUCGCGCCUCGAUUGGCAGACGUGCUGGUGGCGUGAGCUCGACGAGCUCGAGCGACGACUCAACGCGCAAAACAAAUAG